CACGAGUGAUUCUAUAAAACAUGAUUUCCACAACCACAAGUAGCUGUAGCACAAAGUCCAUGGAAGAUGUUUGGAAAGACAUCAGCCUGGCGUCUCUUUCUCGAAACGCCAGCGACAACACCACCACCUCCACUCACCACCCCACUGCCGCUGCUUUUCGGGGCAUCAUGUUUCAAGAUUUCUUGGCUUCUACUAGUACUACUUCCUCCAACAUCGACCCACCACCACCCGCUGCCGCUACUACUGUUCUGCGCUUGAAUUGUGGGACUCGAUCUGAUCUUCAACAGCAUUUACUUGAAACCACUAGUACUACUAUCACUGGUCCUCCUCUAUUGAAACCAAAUUCAAUUACUGGUCCUACUAGUACCAGUGUUACUACUACUACUAGGCCUAAUUCUUUGAAUAAUCCCUCUUCAGUCUUCCCUUCUUGCUGCAAGAAAAGGGCUCUAGAUGAUCAUGAUCAAAAUCGCGAGGAUCAUCACAACUCCACUAAUGGCGGCCGCCAUAAGCGCAUGAUGAAGAAUCGAGAGUCCGCUGCUCGCUCCAGAGCCCGAAAGCAGGCUUAUAUAAAUGAGUUGGAGCUUGAAAUUGCACGGCUGCGGGAGGAGAAUGCCAGGCUCAAGAGACGGCUGCAAGCAAAGACGAAGAUCAAUUCAGUAUGUUUUAGCUUUCCUUUUAGCGUAGAUUAUCACUCGUAUAUAUAAAAAAUAAAUAAAUAAACAGACUGAUUGGUUUUUCUGUGAUUGCCGUCCUACUUGGCUGCCCCUACCCUUGCUCAGCAGCUGCUUCCAAAAAGGCAAACCCUGUUCAGAACUUCAACAGCUCCAUUUUGAUCAGUUAAGGCAACCUCAAACUGCAUGAAACAACCAUCCCUUCCCUCCUAUAUGUAAAAUGUUAUACUUUUCUUUUCUCUUUCAUUGGCCUCCACCUUAACCUUAUCCUUAUCGGAAGAAAUUAAAAUAGUGCUAUUGAAAAUGCGAAUCCAAUGUCGGAAGUUAAGGACUUUGCAUGUAAGUUAGACUACUACUUCAUAUUACUAAUUGAUUUUACAGUGAAA